GACAAAUUAUAAAGUAACGUAUCGUUUAACUUCGCAGUUACAAAUCGUUUCGACAGCUUUUUGUUGGCAGUUGCAUCAGUUGCAGCCAUGCCCGAAGUGCGAGUGGACGAGGUACGCAGGUUCAUGGUGGACAGUCUGCUGGCGGCUGGGGCUCCGGAGCCCGAGGCGAAAGCCCAUGCCGACCUUCUACUGUAUGCCGACACCGUUGGACACUUCAGCCAUGGACUGAACAGACUUGAGUUAUACGUAAACGACAUUAAAGGAGGAAUGACGCAUCCCGAGCGAAAGCCGAUAGUGCUCAAGGAGUCACCGGCUACAGCCUGGGUAGACGGUAUGGAUACACUGGGAGCGACUGCUGCUAACUUCUGCAUGGAUCUGGCUAUCAAAAAAGCUAAGGAGUGUGGUGUUGGCUGGGUGGCCGCUAAACGUACGAACCACUUCGGCAUGGCAGGAUACUGGGCCAUGAAAGCAGAGAAGGAGGGUCUCAUUGGCUUGGCAUUUACUAAUUCAGCACCUAUUAUGAUACCAACGAGAUCUAAACAGAGUGCUUGCGGUACAAAUCCAUUGGCCGUAGCGGCGCCCGCACUAAACGGGGACUCUCUGGUAGUUGACAUGGCGACAACCACAGCUGCUAUGGGAAAGGUAGAGAUGCAGAUACAUAAGAAUGAGCCGAUUCCCGAAGGAUGGGCGCUGGGCCCGGAUAACAAAGUUACCACAGAUGCAAAAUUGGCAUUCGACACAGGUAAAUUACUGCCUCUAGGAGGUUUAGAAAAAACAAGCGGGUAUAAAGGCUACUGUCUCAAUACUAUGGUAGAAAUAUUCUGCAGCGGUCUUUCAGGUUCAAACCCGACCUUCAAAGUGCCAGAUUGGUCGUUCAGUCAAGACGUUGCUCCAGACUUGGGGCAAUGUUUUGCAGCGAUUGACCCUGGUUGCUUCGCACCGGGGUUUGCUCAGAGAGUAGCUGAAUGUUUAAUGCACUGGAGGAAUUUGGAACCUAUCGAUCCAUCACUACCGGUUCUCGCGCCGGGAGACAAAGAACGUAACAACAGAGAGGCGACACUGAAGAGGGGCACCAUCACAUACCCGCAGGGACAAAUUGACUGCUACUAUCGCAUGGCCAAGAAAAUUGGCAUCAAACCUUUAACCGUUAUGUAAAACACUCGUAUAAUAGAUGAAAAUGACGAUACGAAGGAAAUUGACACAAAUUUUCAUGCUAUUUUAUCGCAAGUAAACAAUAUGACUUGUAUGAAUGUAUGACUUCAUUUUGUGAAGAAUGCGUGUCAAACCGGAGGACAGUUUUUAUAUCUUAUUGAAGGUGAACUAGCUAAUACUUGAAUGUUAUAUACUUAGACGAAAUCAACAUACAAUGGUACAAACGUAUUGUAUUUCAGAAGACCAAAUGGGCGUACAUUACCUAUAGAUUUUAGAAUCAGACGGCUUUAAUUUGUUACAAAAAAACUAAUACAUUACUUUUUAAACAUACAACGUGCUAAGUUUUUUUAUUUAAGCAAUCAUAUAUUAUUAAUAGUCACGGGGUUUACAAUUACGUUGUUAGAAGGCUUGUGAUAACAACAAGAAUUUGUUGAUCAUAAAUGCUUAGGAAUACGUAAAAACUUGAUUAAAAGUGUUUUUUUUUUCGAGAUGUUGAAUUGAGGUAAACCGAAUUAUGUAUCA